ACUUUAGAACCAUGUCAAUAAAGAUGUUGAAUACGCCUAUCACAACAAUCAUUGACUUGUUUUUUUUCUCAUACAUUACCUAACAAGAAUCCACAUACAUACCUUGCAUGUCUGGAUCACUCAGUACUAUGUAGAACAUGGGCACUAAACAAGACAAUCAAACCAAAGAACAGUCACAUAUGCUUGAUUUAACAGAGAAAAAAAAACUUGCUAUUUCUUUUCUCUAUCAACAUGGUUGCUGAACAAUUAGAAAAAGUAACUGACAAGUUACAAGACACUCAUAUUGAAGACGAGGAACAAGACAUUCCCGCUGCUGAAGAAGGAGGUGAUAAUGUAGCUGCCAAAAAGAAGAAGAAGAACAAGAAAAAGAAGAAGAAUGGACCCAAGACACAGACAGAACCACCUACUGUUCCCGUCUCUAAAAUAUACACAAACAAAGUCUACCCUGUAGGAGAAACACAUGACUAUAUCAAUGAAAACACCUGGAGAACAACCAGUGAAGAAAAACGGGCCGAAGAAAGAUUAAAAGAAGAAGACUAUAAUGAUCUUCGACGAGCUGCUGAAGUCCAUCGUCAAGUCCGUGCUUAUGCUCAAAAGGUCAUUAAGCCAGGCAUGUCCUUGACUGAGAUUGCCGAAUUGAUUGAAAAUGGUACCCGUGCUCUUGUGGAAGAGAAUGGAUUAGAGGCGGGUAUUGGUUUCCCUACCGGUCUUUCUAUCAAUCAUUGUGCUGCUCAUUUUACACCCAAUGCUGGUGAUAAGACAGUGUUGCAAUAUGAUGAUGUGAUGAAGGUCGAUUUUGGUGUUCAUGUCAAUGGUCGUAUUGUGGAUUCUGCUUUUACCAUGAACUUUAAUCCCAAGUUUGACAAGUUGGUUGAAGCUGCUCGUGAAGCAACUUACGCUGGUAUUAAAGAAGCAGGUAUUGAUGUCAGAUUAUGUGAUAUUGGUGCUGCUGUUCAUGAAGUCUAUGAUUCAUAUGAAAUUGAAUUGGAUGGCAAGACAUACGACAUCAAGCCUAUUCGUAACUUGAAUGGACAUACCAUUGAACCCUACCGUAUUCAUGCUGGUAAAUCAGUCCCUAUCAUUCGUGAUUCUGGUGAUGAAACCAAGUUGGAAGAAGGCGAACAGCUUGCUAUUGAAACUUUUUGUUCUACCGGUCGUGGUUAUGUGAUUGAAGAUGGUGAAUGUUCUCAUUAUGCUAAAUCCACUGAAUCUGGAUUUGUGCCUUUACGUUUAGCUAGAGCCAAAUCAUUAUUGGCUACCAUUAACAAGUCCUUUGGUACUCUUCCAUUCUGUAGACGUUAUCUUGAUCGUCUUGGUGAAGAAAAGUAUUUGAUGGGCUUAAGAAACUUGGUUGAUGCUGGUGUUGUCACUGCUUAUCCUCCUCUUGUGGAUACCAAGGGAAGUUACACUGCUCAAUUAGAACAUACGAUCUUACUUAGACCCACUUACGCUUCUUUAAUACGAGGUAUACAUUCAAUCAACUAGAGAUAUGAUAAGCCUAUCAUUUUUGUGGAUAUAGAAUACCUGUUCUUUAGAUACAGCAUCAUUGAUACUCUUUAAUACAUUCAAUACAGUAGACUCAUGAUUUCCAUCUAAUUUAUCAUCUCUGUAGC